GAAGCCCCUCCCUGUUAGCUGUUAGCUUUUAGCUCUGCAUCCCAGACAGCAGAGCAAAAACACGGGAACGGAGCAGAUAAACCCUGUGCAGAGGACGACAUGAGUCCCGGGGAGGACCAGAGGGAAGCACGGUGACCAGACGGAGACGCUGCCGCCGCAUUAUCCAGUUUUCAGGACAAUGCCCUCAGGUUUUUCUGUGCUGCACUUCUAGAGACAGAACCACUGAUCCGGGAUGGGUUUUGGUCGGGAUCUCAUCAACUCCCACGAGGGAUUGCUGAAGCUGCAGGACUGGGAGCUGAAGCUGCUGGAGACGGUGAAGCGCUUCAUGACGCUGCGGGUGAAGAGCGAUAAGGAAUAUGCCGCCCUGCUGCUCAGCAUGACUCAGCAAACAGAGAAGCAGGAAGCCGCCGACUACGUGAGCACAGUCAGCAAGUCGUGGUCUCAGGUGAUCCGUCAGACAGAGGCGUUGGGUCACAUCAUGAGGAGCCACGCCGACGACCUGAACUCGCCCGCUGCACGCCUCGCCACGCUGAUUCGGGACAAGCAGCAGGUGAAGAAGAGCUACCAGAGUCUUCAUCAGCAGCUGGAGACCCACAACCACAAGGUAACCAAAAAUGACCUGGAGAAGCUGAAGGCCUCCUACCGUCAGCUGAGCCGCGACGCCAACAACGCCAAAGAGAAGUACCGAGAGGCGUUAACCAAAGGCCGGGAAGCAGAGCGGGCUCGCGAACGUUACGACAAAGCCACAGCGAAGCUCCAUAACCUCCACAACAACUAUGUGUUGGCGGUGUGCGGCGCCCGAACGCAGCAGGACAACCACCGCCAGCGGGCGGCGCCAGCGCUGCUGGAUGCGCUGCAGAGGAUGCAGGAGGACAUGACGCUGGCACUUAAAAGUAUCCUGGAGGAGUACUGUGAGAUCAGCAGUCUGCUGACGGAGGAAGUCGUCGGCGUCCAUCGGGAGAUCUCGGCGUCCGUCCAGCAGAUAGACCCGCUGGCCGAGUACCAGCACUUCAUCGACGCCUACAGGUCGCCGGUGCCACCGGAGGCGAACGUGGAGUUCGAUGCGUCCCUAUUGGACGAGACGGAAAACAUCCCGGCCAACGAGAUCCUGUGGAACACGCUAACGGCAGACAGCUUGCAGAACACGUUAUCGUGGAAGACGGAGGAGUUGGCGCUGACCCAGAAGAACCUGCAGGAGAAGGAGACGCUGGCAGACGACCUGGAGGCCCGGAUCCAGACCGGCCAGCAGAACGCCGACAGGAAAAGCGACUGCGUCCUAUUGCUGAGCCAGAAGUUGUCCCUGCUGGAGCUGCGUCAGGCCGUCCAAUCACUGCGCAGCUCAGAGGCCUGCCUCCUCUCCCAGAAGGCCUUGCUGGACGCCAAGAUUACCGCUGCGGUCGCUUCCCCGCCGCCAGCACUGCAGUAUGAGGACGACACGCGCUCGGUGUCAUCGACGGACAAGAAGGAGAAGAGCUCCCGCUUCGAUACGCUGCGCCACUCGCUGGCCGGCAUGAUGCGCUCGCCCAAAGCCGUGCUGGGCUCCUCCACUUCGCAGUUCUUUGAUGUGAUUCCCACGUCGGAGCGCCCCCUGGCGGAGCAGGAGUGGUACCACGGGGCCAUCCCCCGCACCGAGGCUCAGGAGUUGCUACGGCAUCAGGGGGACUUCCUGGUGAGGGAAAGCCACGGGAAGCCGGGCGAGUACGUCUUGUCGGUGUUCUCUGACGACCAGAGGCGGCACUUCAUCAUCCAAUUCGCCGACAGUCAGUACCGGUUUGAAGGGACGGGCUUCCCCACCAUCCCUCAGCUCAUCGAGCAUCACUUCUCCUCCAAGCAGGUCAUCACCAAGAAGUCUGGGGUCGUCCUGCUUAACCCGGUCGUCAAGGACAAGAAGUGGAUCCUGAACCAUGAAGAUGUUGUGCUGGGAGAACUACUAGGAAAGGGUAACUUUGGCGAGGUCUUCAAGGAACGCUGCAGCGAGACAAAGUGCCUUGCCGUCAAAACAUGUAAAGAGGAUUUACCUCCAGAGCUGAAGAUCCGCUUCCUGUCUGAGGCCAGGAUCCUCAAGCAAUACGACCAUCCCAACAUCGUGAAGCUGAUCGGCGUCUGCACUCAGAGGCAACCCAUCUACAUCGUCAUGGAGCUGGUUUCAGGCGGGGACUUCCUGUCAUUCCUGAGGAAGAAGAAAGACGAACUGAAGACGAAGCAGCUGGUUCGCUUCGCUGUGGACGCUGCUGCCGGCAUGGCGUACCUGGAGAGUAAAAACUGCAUCCACAGGGACCUGGCCGCCAGGAACUGUCUGGUGGGUGAAAGCAACGUGUUGAAGAUCAGCGACUUCGGGAUGAGUCGGCAGGAAGAUGACGGCGUUUAUUCUUCUUCUGGACUCAAGCAGAUUCCCAUCAAGUGGACGCCUGAGGCCCUGAACUACGGUCGCUACAGCUCAGAGAGCGACGUGUGGAGCUACGGCAUCCUGCUGUGGGAGACCUUCAGCCUGGGGGUGUGUCCGUACCCAGGGAUGACCAAUCAGCAGGCCAGGGAGCAGGUGGAGAAAGGCUACAGGAUGUCGUGUCCUCAGCGUUGCCCUGACGACGUGUACAAAGUGAUGCAGCGCUGCUGGCAGUACAACCCGGAGGACCGGCCCAAGUUCUCAGAGCUGCAGAGAGACCUGGCGGCCAUCAAGAGGAAGUGAGGCGAGGCCACGCUCACAGGGGGCGGGGCCUGCGUUAGCUGGCGGCCAUGGAGAGGAAGUGAGGCCUGCGGCCGCUUCCUGUCAGACAAUACAGGUGCUGUCGCCACAGAAACAGCCAAGAACAUGUAAACACGGUGCCUAAAU